AUGAUCUCCUGUCAAGACUAUGGCAAAGGUGUUGAAGCAACUUUCAAAUUCUGCCCUUACUGCAGGAAACCUUUGCCUGCAGAGGAGCACGAGGGGUCCAAGACCUUUGUCAAGCUGUCUAUGUCAUCCUCCCAAGGCUCAAGGAGAAGGAGGAACACCAGUUCUGAAAUAUCUCCCAAGAAAGUGAAAUGGCCCAGCUGUGCUUCCUCUCCCCCAUCAUCCCUUCUCUCAGAAGGUGACAGUUCUGAAUCUGAAGAUACAUUGAGUACCUGUGAGAAACUCAAAGGUGCUGGCAGAUCCCCAACCUCCCGGAGCAGCCCUCGGACACCCAGGCAGAGCUCUCAGACACUGAAGUGGAGGCGGGUGACCACCUUGCUCAAGGCUUUGCCAGCGGGGACGGUGCUGAUAGACAAGAGUGGGUGGCACUGGAAGCUGAGAUGCCUCCAGAGCAGGGAUGGCCAGGGCAUUCUCUAUGAAGGUACACUCUGUCCACAGAAGAAUGACCCAUUGGGAUUGCAUCCGAUUGCUCCAUUGUCUUCAGAUUUUCUAUUGCAGCUGGGCAAUGGGAACCAGCAGCAGGAGACGGGAAUGUGGGAGGAGAUGGCCCAGAAAGCGGCCAGGAAGCCCGAGUGUGGUGAAAAUGGUGUCUCAGUGGACGAUCAGCCUCCUGUAAUGACUUGGAGCCUAAGCCAGAUGUGGAGGAAAUGGACUCAGAAGGCAGCCUGGACAGUGUGCUGGAGCCAUAGGCAGCAGCAGAAGUGUUUUGAAAUUGUGUGCGGAAACACAGAGAGACAAGGGAAGGCGAAUAGUCCCGAUCCGGUGCUUCAGGGAGGAGGUUCAAAAGGAAACGCAGCGGGGGACGAGGAGUGGGGGUGGGGAGAACUGUGUUUUGGCUCCCGUGCCGGCUAA